CCUGCAAAGUGUUGGCAUUUGCAAGGAGCUUCCCAGCUGCAGCUGUUUUGGAAGGCGGGGGGGGGGGACUGCUGGCAGGGCAAAGCCCUCCCUGUGCCCUGCGCUUCUCUGUGUAGUUGAAAAUGGAGCUUCUGCAACUCCUGGCUGCCACCCCUGCCAAACGCACACAGGUGGAAAAGGUCUCUUCCUGCAGACCACUCGGGAUGCACCUUGUCCUGCUGGCCACGUCCUCCUCCUCCAGCAUGGCAAACAAAGGCCCUUCCUUCGGCCUGAGCAGAGACGUCCAAGCCAAGAUUGAGAAGAAGUAUGACGACGAGCUGGAAGAGAAGCUGGUGGAGUGGGUUGUGGCUCAGUGUGGGGCAGACGUGGGGCGCCCUGAACGCGGCAGGCUAGGCUUCCAAGUCUGGCUGAAGAAUGGCAUUGUCCUAGGCAAGUUGGUCAACAGCCUCUACCCUAGUGGCUCCAAGCCUGUGAAGAUCCCAGAGCCUCCUCCCACCAUGGUCUUCAAGCAGAUGGAGCAGAUAGCCCAGUUCCUGAAGGUGGCAGAGGACUACGGUGUGGUGAAGACGGAUAUCUUCCAGACAGUCGAUCUGUUUGAAGCUAAGGACAUGGCAGCAGUUCAGAGGACGCUGAUGGCUUUGGGAAGCCUUGCCGUGACCAAGAAUGACGGACAGUAUCGUGGAGACCCAUCUUGGUUCAUGAAGAAAGCCCAGGAGAACAGGCGGGGCUUCUCAGAAAGCCAAAUGAAGGAAGGCAAGAACGUGAUUGGUCUACAAAUGGGCUCCAACCAGGGCGCCUCACAGGCAGGCAUGACAGGCUACGGGCGGCCCCGGCAAAUAAUCAGCUAAGCAGGAGCAACUCCCUCCCCCCUCCCCCCACCAGAACUGGCCCUCCAGCUGCUGCACUAACAGCCCAAAUGCCACCCCAAUGAAUCAUGCCACUGGGGCAGCAGUGGCCACCAACCAGGUCUUUUAUUGGAGAACCUUUCAAAAAAACCCGUAACUCUGCCCCAGAAGUAACUACCUGGGAGCAGGAGGGCUCUAGCAAGGUUGCUGCAUAGCGACGGCCUCCUAUCCAGCUUGCUGCAUCUCCUCACCUUGCCAGCCCCUUGCAUGCUCUCUGCUUCGCUGGCUGCCUUCGCCCUUGGCCAUUUCACAAAGCCUGGGGGGCACUGCAGCCUAGGCACCUGCCCCGACAAAAGUGCAAUUGGAAACCUUGUCCCCAAUGCAGAUUGGAACAUGGCUGAAACUUGCACAAGAGAAAGAGAAAAAGAGAGCAAACCUUUUCUACAACUAGUGGGGGAGAGGAGUGUGCCUCCUCCUCUCAUCCGUUUUGUACCUUCUUCUUGUUCAUCAAUUAAAGAUGACGAAUCUUU